AGGGGUGAUUUGGGUCUGUUCUUCUCCCAGGCCAGCUCCUGCCACCACUGAGCCAAACUGGAUUUCAAGCUGUGAUCCCUCAGGAGCAGCGAGUCCCACGCGGGCACGUGCCCCUCGGCCACCAUGAGCAGUGAGGUGGUGGAGAACGAGCUGGAGUUCUACUCCAAGGCCAAGAAGUACUGGAAGGCCGUGCCAGCCACGGUGGAUGGCAUGCUGGGGGGCUACGGCCACAUCUCCAGCAUCGACAUCAACAGCUCCAGGAGGUUCCUGCAGCGGUUUCUGCGGGAUGGCCCCAACCGGACAGGGACAACCCGUGCUCUGGACUGCGGGGCAGGGAUCGGCCGGAUCACCAAGCGGUUGCUGCUGCCCCUCUUCAAGACAGUGGACAUGGUGGAUGUGACAGAGGACUUCCUCACCAAGGCCAAGAGCUACCUGGGAGAGGAGGGCAGGCGGGUGCGCAACUACUUCUGCUGCGGCCUCCAGGACUUCAGCCCCGAGCCGAACACCUACGAUGUCAUCUGGAUCCAGUGGGUCAUUGGCCAUCUCACCGACAGCCACCUCUCUGACUUCCUGAAGCGGUGCCGUGCCGGCCUGCGGCCCAACGGCAUCGUGGUCAUCAAGGACAACAUGGCUCAGGAGGGAGUCAUCAUGGAUGAUGUGGACAGCAGCGUGUGCCGGGACCUGGAUGUGGUCAGGAAGAUCAUCCGCCGAGCUGGGCUGCACCUCCUGGCCGAGGAGCGCCAGGAGAACUUCCCGGAUGAGAUCUACCACGUCUACACCUUCGCCAUGAGAUGAGGGCAGCAGGAGGAGGUCUCUCCAGGGCCAGCACA